CGUACAUCUCACGCACACCCCAUCCGAUCUCGCCCUCCCGUGAUCUCUUCACUACCUACCUGUCCAUCUACCUCCUGCCACGGGUGCACUCAACAAAACUCACUGGCAUAUACGCCUCACCGAUAGCCAGACGAUCCCGGGUGAGACCGGCCGAGAGACUGUCGCCAUGGCUCCCGACGCCGACUGGAAGGCUUCCCUCACGUCAUCCGAUCGUUACGACACUAUCCAGGCCAUAAAGGCUGCCCUGGACAAAUCGGAUGCGCAGGAUCUGUCCUCGCAGAAGACCGCCUUCGAAAUCGAGAACGAGGCAUACCAGGCCUCUGCAUCACGUGAAGAAUACGAAAAGGCAUGCCAGGCGGUACUGAGCCUAGGGGCGCCCGCGGCGCCAGCGGCUUCGCUUGAGCCACCGGCACCCCCCGCUAGUCAGAUUCGCCCGGAGUCGCCGGACGCUAAAACAAUCGGCCACUACCACGACUGUCGCUAUGUCGACAGUGGUGUCACCGCCGACGUCUACAGGUCCGGCGCCGUGGCCUUGAAAGUCAUCGUCGACACGAGCCCCACGGAGCCGCACAAUCCGACCCGGGAGGCCAAGAUCCUGAAGCUGCUGAAGAAGCCGUGCAUCCCGCUCCUGGAGACCUUCCGGGACCGCGAGCGGCGGUUCGUCCUCGUGUUCCCCUUCCUGCCCCUCAGCCUCGGGAGCCUCGCCGCGCAGGGCCCCAUCCCGCGCCCCCGGAUCCGGAAGCUAUUCGCCGACCUCUUCGACGCCCUCGACCACCUCCACCAGCAGGGCAUAAUACAUCGCGACGUCAAGCCCGCCGCGCUCCUGCUCGCAUCGCCCGACGGCCCCGCCUACCUCUCAGAUUUCGGGACCGCCUGGCACCCGGAGCUGUCGACGUCGUCGGAGCCCCGCGACGGCAAGAUCCUCGACAUAGGCACCGGUCCGUACCGCGCGCCUGAGGCGCUCUUCGGUGACAGGUCGUACGGCGCCUCGGUCGACAUGUGGGCGGCCGGGGCCAUGCUCGCCGAGUGCUGCCGUGCCUGGCCUCGGCCGUUAUUCGAGUCCCGCGCCGUCCACGAGGACGGCAACCAGCUCGGCCUCAUCCUCAGCAUCUUCAAGACGAUCGGCAGCCCCACCCGGGAAUCCUGGCCCCAAGCCGAGAGUUUCCGGACCCCCCCCUUCGACAUGUAUCAGGUGUUUACAGGGCGCGCCUGGGAGGACCUCCUGCCAGACGUCGAUGAGGAUUUCCGCGAACUCGUUGCCGCGUUGGUGAUGUACAACACUAACACCAGGGCCACCGCGUCUCAGGCGUUGAAAUUCAAGUGCAUGCUGGACCAUCCGGGUCAUGACUAGACUAAGCAAUGAAUUGUCACCCCCGAUUUGCAUGUUCUCUGCCUCUUCAGUGUGUAUAUAUAAGUACCCUGAAAGUCUUACUCUACUGCCGAG